AAUCUCGACAUCAUCGUCAUCGUCAUCCACCUCCCCAUUUAAUAAUCUACAGCCACACUAAUUGCUCUUCGUCUUUUAUACACUGGGAGGCAACAAUUACUCACACGUCGCAAUUAUUAUUUAUUUCCGUGUCUCCCAUUUGAAACUUUUCACCAAAACUCUUUUCGUUCAAAGUUCAUCGUCGUCAUAAUAUUUUAUUGCUGGGUUUGUUCCUCAAUUGAUGGCAACAAUGAACGCUGACUACGAUUACCUGUUUAAACUUCUUCUUAUUGGAGACUCUGGAGUUGGAAAAAGUUGUCUUCUGCUUAGGUUUUCAGAUGACACGUAUACAGAUAGCUACAUCAGCACCAUCGGCGUGGACUUUAAAAUACGAACGAUUGAGCUAGAUGGAAAAACUAUCAAACUUCAAAUUUGGGAUACGGCUGGACAAGAACGAUUUCGCACCAUCACGUCGAGCUAUUAUCGGGGAGCGCAUGGGAUCAUUGUUGUAUAUGACUGCACGGAUUUGGAGUCCUUCAACAAUGUGAAGCAGUGGUUGGAGGAAAUUGAUCGAUAUGCAUGCGAAAAUGUGAACAAACUUCUUGUCGGAAAUAAAUGUGACCUGACAUCUAAGAAAGUCGUCAAUUAUCAGACUGCUAAGGAAUUCGCUGAUAGCUUAGGAAUCCCUUUCUUGGAAACCUCUGCCAAGAAUGCGACAAAUGUUGAGCAAGCUUUUAUGACUAUGGCUUCAGAAAUCAAAGCAAGAGUUGGACCCCAAUAUAAUGAAGCAGACGACAGGAAAGUGAAGAUUAAUAAUCCAGCAAGUAUCGAGCCUAAAUCGUCAGGCUGUUGUUAAGAAAACAUAUAGGCUAUAAAGUAAUAUGAUGAUGGUGUGAUUCAUUUUUUCAAAAUUUGCCAUGUCAUCGGUUAUUAAUUGUACAACCGUAUUGCGAUUGGAUUGUCAAAUAUCUUGCGAUAUAAACUAAAUUUAAGUAUGGUAGCAUAGAUUCACAGUUGUUACAUUAUUAUUUGGGCUAAUAGUUUAGUUGAUUAGAUUUAUAAGCCAUUUUAGGCCACAAUACAUAAUAAUUUCCACACUCGCUUUAAAAAUAUGUAAAAUACUUUCCCAAGAAAAUUAGAAAUACAACUUUUUUCGCAACAAUUGUAUAUUAUUGUUUCCCGUCAAAUUAUGUGUUGAGACCAAUGAGAAAUAUGUAAUGAAUUGAAGAAAGAAGAGUUUUCAUGUUUUCCAUAUGAAAAACGACUUGGGUCCGCUUUCUACAUUCCUCCCAUAAACCCGUAAACAUUAUGAUUUGAGCAAGUACAUGGAUAUUGCAAUGAAACAAACCACUUGAACCAAUAGGUAGAUACUCGUAUAAGCACGGUUUUAAGAAUGUACGUAAUAACGUUAUUGAAGUGUCCUAAUUAAUAAAUUUUUGAGUCGCUGCAUUUUGUACUUUA